AUGAACGUCACGGAGAAUGAUAACGAAAUCGACAUGCAAGCGCGCUACAUUUACGGCUUCAUGCUUGCCACCUUCGCCGGGGCCUGCACAUUAAUCGGCGCUGUAGCUGUUUACCUACCCAUCAACCCAAGUCAACUGCGAUUAGCUUCAUGUUUUUGCCUCGCCUGCGCGGCCGGAGUCAUGACUUAUGUUUCCCUGGUCGAAGUUUUUGGAGAAUCGAAAGCGAACUUUGCCGAAAGUUUUCACGCGUUUUGCUCAGAUGACGAGGAAUGCUUAUCAAAAGUCGAGUUAAAAUCUCUCACUCACGCCACUGCAUCAUUCUUCGUCGGCUGGCUUAUUUCGAUUCUGAUGUCUCAACUUCUCCGUAAAUUCAUGAACGCCCGGGACUCCAAUCGGCACUACUCAUUGAGCCAGAGAGAAGCGGAAGGAAUCGUCAUUCCAGCGAUGCGGGAAGAAGCGGUGGUUUGUCGAGAAGAUGAACAAGCCCAAUUGAAAUUCGAAACGGACGUUGGGCGAAUUACCGACGUGGGCAUCUUCACCGCGCUCGCGCUCACUCUCCACAAUAUUCCGGAAGGGCUUCUCACCUUUGCCGCCGCUUUAUCCUCGAAUCAGACGGUCGGACUGGGCGUUGCCUGCGCCAUCGGCUUGCACAACAUUCCGGAAGGCUUCGCCGUUGCUUUCCCCAUUCAAGUCGGAACGAAGAGCAAGUUCAAGGCGCUACUGUACGCGGCGAUUACUGGCUUAGCUGAACCACUGGGAGCCUUCAUUGGCUGGCUGAUAUUUGGCCUCGCUGAUAAGGAUCCCUCCGCGCCAGAGCAACUGAACAUCUUCGGCUGGUUGUUCGGAGUUACAUCUGGAAUCAUGACGCAAGUCGCUGUUUCCGGCCUGUUUCUGGAAGCAGCGCGCUACGACCCAAACGACCGGGUGGUUUCGAAAGCGUGGCUGCUCGGCGCAUUUGUGAUUGCUUCCAGUUUGAUUGUGAUUGAAGCCUAUGCUUAA